AUGGGAAAUUGCGUAGGUUCAUCAGCAAGAGUAGAUGCCACUCUCAGCACCGCAUCUGGAGCAUCACGAUACCCGAGCAAAAACAGCAACUCAUCUGUACCAUCCAACUUAACUAUUCCCUCAUACAGCGGCAAAAGCAGUGCCGAAAGCCUGCCGACCCCAAGAUCGGAAGCCGAGAUUCUGUCCUCACCACAUGUCAAGGCCUUCACUUUCAACGAGUUACGAAGUGCGACCAAAAAUUUUAGGCCCGACAGUCUUCUUGGUGAAGGAGGAUUUGGGUAUGUUUUCAAAGGGUGGAUUGAUGAGCAUACACUCACAGCCUCAAGGCCUGGAUCUGGUCUGGUAAUUGCUGUCAAAAAGUUGAAGCCCGAGGGUUUUCAAGGCCACAAAGAGUGGUUGACAGAGGUUAAUUAUUUGGGGCAACUUCAUCACCCGAACCUUGUAAAACUUAUUGGCUAUUGUUCGGAGGGUGACAACCGGCUUCUGGUGUACGAGUUCUUGCCCAAAGGAAGCCUGGAGAAUCAUUUGUUCAGAAGAGGACCCCAACCUCUGACUUGGGCUACUCGAAUGAAGGUGGCCAUAGAUGCUGCUCGGGGCCUUUCUUUCUUGCAUGAGGCUGAAGAGCAAGUUAUAUACCGAGAUUUUAAAGCUUCGAAUAUUCUUCUUGAUGGGGAAUUCAAUGCAAAAUUGUCCGACUUUGGUUUGGCGAAAGCGGGUCCAACUGGCGACAGGACACAUGUAUCAACUCAAGUUAUGGGCACUUAUGGGUAUGCUGCCCCUGAAUAUGUUGCCACAGGUCGACUAACUGCAAAAAGCGACGUUUACAGCUUCGGGGUGGUCCUGCUGGAGCUGCUGUCCGGGAGGCGCGCGGUGGAUAAGAGCAAGGUCGGGAUUGAGCAGAACCUGGUGGACUGGGCCUUGCCGUACAUGGGGGACAAACGGAAGCUAUUUAGGAUAAUGGACAUAAAGCUCGAGGGCCAAUACCCUAAGAAUGCCGCCUUCACGGCUGCCACGGUGGCCCUACAAUGCCUCAGCCAUGAGCCGAAGAUGAGGCCUCGCAUGGCCGAGGUCCUGGCCACGCUCGAGGACCUCCAACAUGCCCCCAGAAACUCGAGCUCAAGAGCUCCGAGUGGAAGAACGCCUCUGGCGUCGCCUACGCCGGCUCAUCGGAGGUCAUCUGCCAGUGCCAGGCGGUGA